GGUCCCGCAAGAGUUGUCGCCUUUCUCAUCCAAUCAGAAAAACUAAAACCAGAUCCGUAACCUACGUAUACUCGAGGGGAUACACUAGGAACAUGGCAUACAACACCCCCAUGUGACCAUCGCUGUUCGGCAUCCUACUAGAAUACAAGACUGAAGGGAAGCAUCAUUGACAAUUGUUAUAUUCCUUCCCUGCGUCGCUUACACGAUGGCACCUAUUAUCACUGUGCGGUGGUAUCCUUGACUUGAAUCCAUAUGACUGACUAUUUUCAUUUCUUUCACGCAGCAAUGGUCCAGACUUAUUCGCUUUGUUGCUAUCGAGACUUCUCGUGUGCAUAUCGGACAGCCCGUGGAUUCUACCCUGGAUGGUAAGUCGGGAGUAUCCCCGCAGGUCAUCAAGUUACCGACGACUUCAAGUUGGUCUAGCGGCAUACCAGGGAAGGCCAAUCGAGGCUUAUGAGAUACUCGGUUCUGCUCUUGAUCCAUUCGCACAAUUGACCAACAAGACUCUCACCGUCAAGCAGUUAUUGGCUCCGCUGUCUGGAGAAGAUGUCAAGGUCGUCCGAUGCUUGGGCCUUAACUAUCCAGCGCACGCAAAUGAAGGGAAAGUAGAAGCGCCGAAGUUUCCUAACCUUUUCUAUAAGCCAGUCACAUCGCUUAUUGGACCCCUUGAACCUGUGAUCAUUCCUGCGGUCGCGCAACCUCCUGCGGUACACCAAUCCGACUACGAGGCUGAAUUUACUGUUGUCAUAGGCAGAGCAGCUAAGAAUGUCACUGAAGCCGAAGCUUUAGACUAUGUCCUUGGAUAUACCGGCGGUAAUGAUGUGUCUUUUCGACAGCAUCAAUUUUCGGUCUCUCAGUGGGGUUUCUCCAAAGGUUUUGACAAUACAAAUCCCUUUGGUCCAUGUUUAGUUGCCGCGUCAUCUAUUCCUGAUCCUCAAACUGUGGCCAUUAAGUUUACACUGAAUGGUAACACCGUCCAAGACGGAAAUACCGCCGAUCAGCUUUUUAACGUUAAAAGGACGAUUGCUUAUCUGUCACAAGGCACGACGUUACAGCCGGGCUCAAUCAUUAUGACCGGUACUCCUAGUGGCGUUGGGUUCGUCCGAAAUCCACCUCUCUACCUUAAAGAUGGGGAUCAAAUGUUGACUUGGAUGGGCGGUGGAAUUGGUACGCUUGCAAACAGCGUUGUAGAGGAGAAGACUACGACUCUUCUGUCAGACUGAGGCAACUGAAGUAUAAUAUACAUAUCCCGAGCAAAUCUGAAACGAGUUUACGGUCUCCCUUAGUACAAGAAAUCAGAAUCAUCUCUUCGCUGUUAGGGCAGUAUCAUAUUUGUACAUUGAUUCGAGCUCUAAAAGCCAUCACGUAGUAUUUCUACGAUGUAUCCCGAUCCUACAACCCUUUAUUCGUCUUACAAACCAAUCGUCGACCAAAAGCUGUACGCUAUAGUAAGUCGUAGCCACAAAAAGCAAAGAAGGACUUACAGCAUCAUCUGGAUCCUCAGGUAUGAUCUCGAACCGCUUGAAUACCGAAGCAAGAGCGAUGUGAAGCUGGACCAUUGCCAAGGUC